GUUACCGCGAAAAUGUUUCACCCAUUCAACCAUUUUUGCAAGUGUGUCUUCAUUAUUCUGAUACUGCCGUGGCAUCUGUUAGCAUCGGCGCUUGAUGAACUAAAACCGGUAGACGUCGGCAACACAACCAUACCGCUGGACCGUGUUAAACGAUUGAUAAGCUUCCCGAUCAACGGUGGUGUAGCGAAGCUGGUGCUAGGCUUUCUGGCACCAGUUCGUUUUCAUCAUCCGCUGCCGCGCAGCCUAAACUGUGGCGUUAAUGUACAAGCGAACUAUGCCAUCCGUCCGGACAUAAUUUUCCCCCGACCAGAGUCAAUCUUUCUCAAUCGCAACCUGGAGCAUUAUACUGAUCCUGACAGUCGACAACAGUUAUACGGUGUGUUGGAAAAGAUUCUAAAAAUGAUGCUUGGAUCGGAUCGAACAGCACGCGAGUGCAUGCUUCGGACGGUAUGUGAAGUGGCGGACACAUCGUUGCAUCACAAUGGACUAGUAGGGGAGCUUUUGGAUGUGAUAUUUACACCACAAGAAUCAGAUACGCUACCGUCAGAGUUCCUGCUGGCACGCAGGUAUGGAGCCAAUGGAGUUAAUUGCUUGAAGGUGUACUCGUCCUGUCCGUGGGGUAUGGGAUUGCUGGAUUAUGUUUCGUUCAUUGGCGUGGAAGAUUAG